GGAAAGUCUGCAGAGAUGCCCACAACAGAGACUGUGUGAUGUGAGAUGAAUGCGCGGGUUAUUCAGGUAUGGCAUCUCCAAAAAGCUCUCCGUCCUCUCCCGCGAAACGGGGAACAAAGUUUGGUGGCAAAUCUCCUACUAGAAAGAGCCACGCAGGUCCAAAAUUGGCCGUUACUACGACCGACUUUGUACCUGAAGGUGAUGAUAAAAAUGCUCCUCCCGCAUGGGUGCAAGCGGUCCUGAUGGCUCACAACGAAAAGCGCGCAGCUCACUGGACACCACCAUUGGUUUGGAGCGAGGAGUGUUAUGAACAUGCCAGGAUGCAAGCUCUUGCAUGCGAAGCAGCUGAACGGCGUCUGCCCAAAAACUUUGUCGAAAGCUUAAAUGGUCGGCAUGGGCAAAACUCUUUGGGACCGUCCAGGAAAGAGCUCAAGUGGGAUCAAACUGCAGUGGACCACAUUGUGAGCCAGUGGUACAGCGAGCAGGAAAACUACGACUAUACACGUCCUGGUCCACAAAAGGGUUGUGUGAACUUCAUUCAGAUGAUGUGGGGCGGGACGUGCUCAGUUGGGAUGGCGCUCUCCUCCAAUGGAAAAUUCUGUGUAGCAAACUAUUUUCCUGCGGUGGGCAAUGCUCUUUCGUACAAAUACACAAAGAACUUGCAACCGCCUCGGAACCUUCCACCUCCUUGGGUUAGCAAAGGCCAGCAGGUGCACUACUUCUGUGGACGCGGGGAUGUUUUUUGACUGAAGAGUUGUUUGCUGCGGAAUCUAAGUGGAGUGCAUUUUCACCUUAAUCAACCUUCACUAAGAAUGGUCACUAGAGUGACAGUUCUGGUGUGCGCUGCCAGCGAUGUGCGAUCCCAGAAAGCUGUUGACAGAAGCGCAUGAAGAUGCGUCGUGGUAGAUGGCCUGGGAGCGGAUUUCCUGACAGUUGUGCCAGAUGGACCUUUCCAGGCACCGCAAUCCUGUGAAUCCAAGACCGUUAUUUGCCUUUUGCUGAUCUGCACCAGAUUCAAACAAACCCCAAAAGGGGACUGGCAAAAGGCCUGCACCAAGGCUGGAUUGAAGGGCUGGUCAAGUUUGUUGAGGUGUUGGCAGGAAGACAGCGUGCGUGCCAUUCAGGCAGAAGCAGCUGCUCCCCCUGGAUCCUUCGCGACAUGUAUUCUGGAACUUGUGCCUCCUGUCCUCAUUUGACUUGCGUUCCGCAAGUAAUAGCUAAGUCAAGUCAAAGGUCAGGCAACAGCAUGCCUCGGUGUUGAAAAGCAACUAAUGACAGGUGGUACAGUGCCCAAGCAGCAUUUCCACAGAGACUAAGACAAACGGAAAGCAAGAGCAAGCUUCACCCGCAUAUGGCCAGACUGACUACAUUGAGAGAGGAGUAGUAGUGAAGGGGGUUCUGUUUUGAGUUUCUGUGCAUCUUACGUCCACUUGCGCAAGUUUGCUCCGUCUUAGAGUGUGGCUCAAGAGUGAUGCUUGAUCGGUGAACCAACCCAGACACUAUGAGUUUGCUUCUUGAGUGUGCAAUCAAGAAGAACACUUCUAGACGACUUCGCUCACAGCCACUGAGAGCGCAGGAACUACCAGAGAUCUACAAGAAGGUGCCUUGUGCUGAAUCAAAUUGGGCCCGCCACGAAGAAGUCACUGCUUUGUUGGACGAAGGUGCGAAAUGGAAACCCUUGGACUGCUUGUCCAUUGAACUUCCGGAUCUUGAUCCGGUACACUGUUGAUGGUUUCACACGGCCAAGCCGCAGUGAAGGAAUGAGAAGUGCAAAACUGGAGCAUUUGCACAACAGUUGUUCUUCAAAGCAUCUAACAUGCUUUGCUUUGCCGUAUGCUCCGCGUCCGUAGCUGUUUGAGAAACAAGGUAGGC